GAGAGGACUCAGGUGGUGGUGGUCGGAGCCACCUUCCCCACGGGGCUGAGCGAGACGCUGGGGAAGUUCACCGACGUGGGGCGGUUUGUCACCCUCACCACGCAGAGCCUGCACCGCCUGCCACCUCACGUCCAGCAGAAGUUCGUGCGCAUCAAAGGCAGGGACAAGCUCCCCGAGCUGCUGCAGCUGUUGAAGGAGCGCCCGUCAUCUAGCGGCGCUGUUCUCAUCUUCUGCAACAGCGCCAGCACUGUCAACUGGCUGGGCUAUAUCCUGGAUGACCACAGAAUCAAGCAUCUGAGGCUGCAGGGACAGAUGUCAGCAGCUGCUAGGGCUGGCAUCUUUGCUUCUUUCCAGAAGGGUGACGUGUCUGUCCUUAUCUGCACUGACCUUGCCUCGCGGGGGCUGGACACCAGCAGUGUGCAGCUAGUGGUCAACUAUGACUUCCCAGACACCCUGCAGGAUUACCUGCACCGUGUGGGGCGAGUUGGACGAGUUGGAAGCAAAACACCUGGAGCUGUGGUUAGUUUUGUCACUCAUCGUUGGGAUGUGGAUCUCGUACGAAAAAUAGAGACUGCAGCCCGGAAAAGGACAGGUCUACCAGGAAUGGACUCAUCUAUUAAUAAACCUUCACCUAAAGGAGAUUGA